AUGUGCUGCUGUCUGGCCAUGGCGGACAUUUGUCCAGCCCACUGUGAUUUCCUGCUUGGCACCCCUUUGCCACCGAGUCACUUCCGACUCACGGCGGCCCCACGUGCGUCAGCCCGGCCGCCACCGAGUCACUUCCGACUCUCGGCGGCCCCACGUGUGUUCGCCCGGUCCCCACCGAGUCACUUCCGACUCUCGGCGGCCCCACGUGUGUUCGCCCGGUCCCCACCGAGUCACUUCCGACUCUCGGCGGCCCCACGUGUGUUCGCCCGGUCCCCACCGAGUCACUUCCGACUCUCGGCGGCCCCACGUGUGUUCGCCCGGUCCCCACCGAGUCACUUCCGACUCUCGGCGGCCCCACGUGCGUUAGCCGGGUCCCCACCGAGUCACUUCCGACUCACAGCGGCCCCACGUGUGUUCGCCCGGUCCCCACCGAGUCACUUCCGACUCACAGCGGCCCCACGUGUGUUCGCCCGGUCCCCACCGAGUCACUUCCGACUCUCGGCGGCCCCACGUGUGUUCGCCCGGUCCCCACCGAGUCACUUCCGACUCACAGCGGCCCCACGUGUGUUCGCCCGGUCCCCACCGAGUCACUUCCGACUCACAGCGGCCCCACGUGUGUUCGCCCGGUCCCCACCGAGUCACUUCCGACUCUCGGCGGCCCCACGUGUGUUCGCCCGGUCCCCACCGAGUCACUUCCGACUCACAGCGGCCCCACGUGUGUUCGCCCGGUCCCCACCGAGUCACUUCCGACUCUCGGCGGCCCCACGUGUGUUCGCCCGGUCCCCACCGAGUCACUUCCGACUCACAGCGGCCCCACGUGUGUUCGCCCGGUCCCCACCGAGUCACUUCCGACUCACGGCGGCCCCACGUGCGUUAGCCGGGUCCCCACCGAGUCACUUCCGACUCUCGGCGGCCCCACGUGUGUUCGCCCGGUCCCCACCGAGUCACUUCCGACUCUCGGCGGCCCCACGUGUGUUCGCCCGGUCCCCACCGAGUCACUUCCGACUCACGGCGGCCCCACGUGUGUUCGCCCGGUCCCCACCGAGUCACUUCCGACUCUCGGCGGCCCCACGUGUGUUCGCCCGGUCCCCACCGAGUCACUUCCGACUCACGGCGGCCCCACGUGUGUUCGCCCGGUCCCCACCGAGUCACUUCCGACUCUCGGCGGCCCCACGUGUGUUCGCCCGGUCCCCACCGAGUCACUUCCGACUCUCGGCGGCCCCACGUGCGUCAACCCGGUCGCCACCGAGUCACUUCCGACUCUCGGCGGCCCCACGUGUGUUCGCCCGGUCCCCACCGAGUCACUUCCGACUCUCGGCGGCCCCACGUGUGUUCGCCCGGUCCCCACCGAGUCACUUCCGACUCUCGGCGGCCCCACGUGUGUUCGCCCGGUCCCCACCGAGUCACUUCCGACUCUCGGCGGCCCCACGUGUGUUCGCCCGGUCCCCACCGAGUCACUUCCGACUCACGGCGGCCCCACGUGCGUCAACCCGGUCCCCACCGAGUCACUUCCGACUCUCGGCGGCCCCACGUGCGUCAACCCGGUCGCCACCGAGUCACUUCCGACUCUCGGCGGCCCCACGUGUGUUCGCCCAGUCCCCACCGAGUCACUUCCGACUCUCGGCGGCCCCACGUGUGUUCGCCCGGUCCCCACCGAGUCACUUCCGACUCUCGGCGGCCCCACGUGUGUUCGCCCGGUCCCCACCGAGUCACUUCCGACUCUCGGCGGCCCCACGUGUGUUCGCCCGGUCCCCACCGAGUCACUUCCGACUCACGGCGGCCCGACGUGUGUUAGCCCAGGACUGCGCUCCACAGAGUUUCAGUGGUUGA